AUGUUUUCACGUUUAUUUUAUUCAUCUAUUUUUCCCUUUGCAAUUGCUAUUUUUGUUAUCUUCUAUCGUUCAUCGUCAUUAACAGCAUUGAGUCAACAUUUAAGUUGGCGUUCAUCAAGUUCAACACAUCAAGAAUUAAUUGGAAAUUUAUAUAAAGAUGGUAUAAUUCAAGAUAAACGCAUCAUAGAUGCAAUGUUAAAAGUUGAUCGAGCUGAUUUUACAGAUAAAAAAUCCGAUACUUACAGUGAUCGACCUCAAUAUAUCGGUUAUUCUGUGACAAUCAGUGCGCCACAUAUGCAUGGCUUUGCAUUACAAAUUCUUAAAGAUCAUCUUCAACCUGGAGCAAAAGUUCUUGAUAUUGGUUCUGGUUCAGGAUAUUUAACAGCAUGUAUGGCAUAUUUAGUUCGUCCAAAUGGUAAAGCUAUUGGUAUUGAACAUAUUCAAGAACUUGUUAAUAAAUCAAUUAAAAAUAUUAAAAAACAUAAUAAAAAAUUAUUCGAUGAUGGUCUUUUAGAAAUUCAUAAAGGUGAUGGUAGACGAGGUUAUCCUAUUCAAGCACCUUAUGAUGCAAUUCAUGUUGGUGCAGCAAUAUAUGGUACACCAUAUGAACUUAUUCGUCAAUUAAAAGUUGGUGGACGACUUGUUGCACCUAUUGGAAAUUAUUUUAAUCAAGAAAUGAUAACAUAUGAUAAAAAAGCAGAUGGAACAUAUAAUGAACAAAGACAUAUGAAUGUUAUGUAUGUUCCAUUAACAGAUGAAAAAUCUCAAUAUGCAAAAGCAGGAGGACGAAGACAAAUCUAA